AAAAUAUCACGGGGACACAGAUUCCAUAAAAACUCCGAAACCAAAAUCUCCGUUUCAUCCUCACUCUCCACUCUCCACUAAAAUGGCUUCCAUUGCUCUCAAAACCUUCACCGGCCUCCGUCAAUCAUCCCCGCCGGAAAACGCCUCCAUUUCGAAGCCUCUCCCCAAACCCCACACUAACCGUCGGGUGCUCCGCAUAAAUGCCUCCAACAGCAGCCCACGUGUCACCGGCCGGAAUCUCCGGGUCGCCGUCAUCGGCGGCGGCCCCGCCGGCGGGUGCGCCGCCGAGACUCUGGCGAAGGGCGGCAUAGAGACGUUCUUGAUUGAGCGGAAGAUGGAUAACUGCAAGCCCUGCGGUGGGGCCAUCCCGCUUUGUAUGGUCGGCGAGUUUGACCUCCCGUUGGACAUCAUUGAUCGCCGUGUCACCAAAAUGAAAAUGAUUUCUCCCUCUAAUGUCGCCGUGGAUAUUGGCAGAACGCUUAAGCCCCACGAGUAUAUCGGAAUGGUCCGCCGCGAAGUUCUCGACGCUUACCUCCGUGAACGCGCCGCCGGCGCCGGCGCCACCGUGCUCAACGGGCUGUUUUUGAAAAUGGACCUCCCUAAGUCGCCGACCUCCCCCUACGUCCUCCAGUACACCGCCUACAACGGCGGCGGCGGCGGAGAGCGGCGGACGUUGGAAGUCGACGCCGUGAUCGGCGCCGACGGCGCCAACUCGCGCGUGGCGAAGAGCAUCAACGCCGGCGACUACGAGUACGCCAUCGCCUUCCAAGAACGCAUCCGCAUCCCGGACGACAAGAUGACCUACUACGAGGACCUCGCCGAGAUGUACGUCGGCGACGACGUCUCCCCGGACUUCUACGGCUGGGUGUUCCCCAAAUGCGACCACGUCGCCGUCGGCACCGGCACCGUCACCCACAAACCCGACAUCAAGAAAUUCCAGCUCGCCACGCGCGUACGCGCCGCCGCCAAAAUCACCGGCGGCAAAAUCAUCCGCGUGGAGGCCCACCCAAUCCCGGAACACCCGCGUCCCCGCCGCGUCCAGGACCGGGUCGCCCUGGUCGGCGACGCCGCUGGGUACGUGACGAAGUGCUCCGGCGAGGGGAUCUACUUCGCGGCCAAAAGCGGGCGGAUGUGCGCGGAGGCGAUCGUGGAGGGAUCGGAGAACGGGAAGAGAAUGGUGGACGAAUCCGACCUGAGAAAGUACUUAGAAAAAUGGGACAAAACAUAUUGGCCGACCUACAAGGUGUUAGAUGUUUUGCAGAAAGUGUUUUACCGAUCAAAUCCGGCGAGAGAGGCGUUCGUGGAGAUGUGCGCCGACGAUUAUGUUCAGAAGAUGACGUUUGAUAGCUAUCUGUACAAGAAGGUGGCGCCGGGAAACCCCAUUGAGGAUUUGAAGUUGGCGGUGAACACUAUUGGGAGCUUGGUUAGGGCCAAUGCGCUUAGGAAGGAGAUGGACAAGCUUAGCGUAUAAUUGUUAUUAUUAUUAUUAUAAUUAAUCAUGCAUAAAUAUUCUUAAAUGUAUUUGUGAUUGAGAUUUAUAUAUGAGUUCAGUUUGGUUUAAUGUAAGCUAAAUUAGGCUUUAAAA